GUUUAUAUUUCAAUAACACACUGUCGAAAAAGAGGAAGAGAAGAAGAAGAAGAAGAGAAAAUGCAUAUAUUCCAAUAAUACAUAUAUAUAUAUACUGUGCAAAAAGAGGAAGAAAGAAGGGAAAGGAAAAAUUCGAUCGUCAAACAUGACGAUCCCGCGUUACUCGUUACCAGAGUCCAUUUUAACGACUCUGUAACGGUUAUUUCCGAGAAAAUUCGCCGUCACGAAAGGGGCGGUUCGUUUAUUUUUUGCAAUUGAGCCGGGGCCCCGGAGGCUCUGCUCGCGCUGUGAAUUUUCCCACACUCGUAAAACGUCGCAGUAGCAACAAUCCGAAACCGGCUAAACCCGCAGACAGACGCCCGCCGAUUUUGUCAAUAAGGAACGAUUGUUUAGAUUCGAGCGGAUACCGGGCAGUAAAACGGAACGCAAUCCGCAAACAAGACCGCCUGCGCAUUUUUCGCCAAUGAAGAGGAAGCGCUCGUGCGGUUGCCCGAAUGUAAUGUAAAUAAAACAAGAAGAAAGAGAGGCUACUUUCUCCUUGGACCUUGAACCUUCUUCCCUCCUUCCAUUUUUAUACCAAAUAGAAAAAAGGGAUUUUUUUUCAUUAAAGGAAAAGAAAGAGGAAGAAUUUUUUAAUAUCGAAGGACGCGAGAAAAGAUUCAAUUUCGUCGAUACAUGACACGAGGUGACUUUCCUUCGAGACGAAAAUUAUUUUUACCAUCUGCUUCUGCGGCUUCUAUAAAUGUUUUUCUUCACUUAUACCAUCGGGAUGAUUUAAGGAACGGAAAGCAGGGGCGCAGGAUUAACGCGACCAAGACAAUUCUGGAUGUUUUUCGAAGAACAUACCGAGGAUUCCCGGGAGCGGCCGGGCCAAGGUAGCUCCCAAGCUUUGAACGCGAUAAUCCGCCGGUUUCCUCCUGACGUCAGAUCGACGAUGAUUUGUUCCUUAAUAUUUCAAAAUGGAACGAAGCUCGAAGGACGGAACCAGAAACGGAAAAAACGUGGAGUCGCGAAACUUCGUAAGAAGAGGGUGGUUGAAAAUUGGAUACCUCCCCCUUCCCUCCCCCCAAACGAGAAGUCACAAGCCGAACUCGUGGGAGAGAGGGUGGCGAGAGCGCGCAAGGGAAGAGCGGUUCCAAGAAGCGGCACGGUUUCGGUAUAAUUACCGCAACUUUGUUUACGUAUCGGCUCGUUUACUGCCGGCGUGGGUGUUGGGACAGCAUAUGUGUAAACAGCAAUAAAACAUGUAGCCACGGGUCCCGGAUAGGUAACCGACACCUCCCUCGCGUUUGAAACGCGCGAACGACGUAUCUCCAGGAAGCAGCGAUGGGCGGAGCUGGUCCAUCCUCUAGAUGCUCCUCCGCACGUCAAAUUAAACACCCUUCGUUAGUUAGAGGAUUGAUCUAACCGGUCGGAAAUUGGAAUCAGUCUUCGAUGCGAUACCAACUCGGACCAGUUCAAGACAAGCUUUCUAUAUAUGUAUAUAUUGUAUAUAUGUAUAUAUUGAUUCUAGUGGAUUCUUCUUUUGCAUUAUGAAAACCGCUAAUUGUUCGUGGAAGUGAAGCGGUCUAAAUAAUCGUUAAAUGUAUUGAGAGAGAAUGUAUGGUUCGAUUUUCUUUGACGAGAAUUUUCUUGUCGAAAAGCUUCAUCGAUCUUUAAAGAAGAAGUGGAUCGCAGAGACGAAUUGAUUUAAACUAUUUAUUUGGAAAACUGUGGAAAUCGUGUUUUGAACAUAAAUUGAGGAUACCGAGGAUCAAUGGGGACAAUUUGCCGGAAUACGAUGAAACGAGAGGAAGAAGAAAGUGAAAUUGUAUACUAAAUAAACUUCGACUCGAUGAUUUUCGGAGAAAAAUCUAUAAUUUAAUUUUGUUUCUUCUUUAUAUAAUAAAAAAUAAAAAAAAAUAAUUUUAAUGUAUGUAAGAAAGAGACGAAUGAUAAAAGAAAGUGAAGUUGUAUCAAAUUAGAUAAUAAAAUUUCAGAAAAUACGUUAAUUUUAAUAAAAAAAAAAUCCAAUAUUAAUUCUUCUUAAAGAACAAAAUAUCGGUGAAAAGUGUAUUGACAUCGAAUUAUCGAGCGCGUCGAUCAUUCCAUCUUCCGAUGGAGUCGAAUAGCUAUCAAAAUCAUCCCUUCUCCAUAUCGAAGAUUUACAGCUGUGAUCUAUCCAGGGGUUGCGAAUUAUGGAGCACGGAAGAAACGUUCCCAACGAUGUGUCCUUUGCCAAAUUACUAUAGCUUGGUACCGGAUAUACUGAAUCCGAGAAGUAUACCCCUAUCAUGGGAUCUUCCCGUAAUAAGAUACAAACCACAACCACGUUACGAAAAACCACCGUAUUCGUACAUCGCCCUAAUAGCCAUGGCUAUUAAUUCUUCGCCUAAACAGAGACUAACCCUUUCUGGCAUUUAUAGAUUCAUCAUGGACAGAUUUCCUUAUUAUAGAGAAAACCGUCAAGGAUGGCAAAAUAGUAUAAGACAUAACCUAAGUUUGAAUGAUUGUUUUGUGAAGAUACCAAGAGAUAAGGUGGUUGGAAAUGAUAAUGCCGAGGAUCAGGCUGGAAAAGGGAGUUAUUGGACUUUAGAUCCUUCGGCGAGCGAAAUGUUUGAGCAUGGCAAUUAUAGAAGAAGAAGAAUGAGAAGGCAAAAAGGAUUUAUACAGGAUAAUAAACAGAUGGAACAGGAUCGUGCGAUGGUCUCGGUUUCGUCAGAAAUUUUAUCCAAUUUGAAAUGCAAAGAAAAAAAUGAACAAGAAUGUAAAACAGUUGAUACGAAGUUGAACGCUGAGGGGAAUACACGAAAUAGUAAAAUAAUAUACACAGAAGCUCAAGGACAUUGUGUAAAAUCAAUGAUGUUCACAAUCGAAAAUAUUUUGCGAAAAUCCACGAAUAAAACUCCAGUUUAAAUAUUUAAAUAUGAAUUUUUUAUACUUAAGAUUUUAAAACGAAUAAUUAAUAUCAUUAUAUUUUAUAAUUUGUUCAAUGUAUUAAAGCAAAAAAUAGACUAUAUUAUUGAAAACACUUGUAUAAAAUAUAAAAUGAAUAUUGUUUAUUA